UCUCUCGCUCUGAUAGUGUGGAGGAGCGCGAGACACGCUUUCACCGCGGAUUCCCACAAAGACCCAGAAAACAAUUAAAAAAAAAACAAACAAAAACAACAGCGAGCUUCCCACCCCCGUGGCCGAGGAGACCCAGAAACCAAACCCAUUCUCACAAGCGGCUCGUUCAACACCCAGCGAAGACAUGUCGGCGUCGGCGGCAAAAGUCAGUAAAAAGGAGCUGAACUCGAACCAUGACGGAGCGGACGAAACCUCAGAAAAAGAGCAACAAGAAGCAAUUGAACAUAUUGAUGAAGUACAAAAUGAAAUUGACAGAUUGAAUGAACAGGCCAGUGAGGAAAUCUUAAAAGUAGAACAGAAAUACAACAAACUUCGCCAGCCGUUCUUCCAGAAGAGGUCAGAAUUGAUCGCUAAAAUCCCUAACUUUUGGGUCACGACGUUUGUCAACCAUCCACAAGUAUCUGCUCUUCUUGGGGAAGAGGAUGAGGAAGCGCUUCAUUACCUGACCAGAGUCGAAGUGACAGAAUUUGAAGACAUCAAAUCGGGAUACAGAAUAGAUUUUUAUUUUGAUGAAAACCCCUACUUCGAAAACAAAAUUCUGUCCAAAGAAUUUCAUCUGAAUGAGAGUGGAGACCCGUCUUCAAAAUCAACAGAGAUCAAAUGGAAAGCAGGAAAGGACCUCACAAAGCGCUCUAGCCAGACACAAAACAAGGCAGGCAGGAAGAGGCAACAUGAAGAACCAGAGAGCUUUUUCACCUGGUUCACAGACCACUCUGAUGCAGGGGCAGAUGAGCUUGGAGAGGUCAUAAAGGAUGACAUCUGGCCUAACCCAUUACAGUACUAUUUGGUCCCUGACAUGGAUGAUGAGGAGGGAGAUGGUGAGGAUGACGAUGAUGACGACGAAGAGGAAGAAGGUUUGGAGGAUAUUGACGAGGAAGGAGAUGAGGAUGACGGGGAGGAAGAUGAGGAGGAUGAUGAUGGGGAGGAAGGAGAGGAUGAUGAUGGAGAAGAUGACUAGACCUGAAGACCUAUUCCACCCCCCUUCCCUCCCCUUCUCCCCUUAUAAUGAUCCUCCACUCUCUGGGAGCAAGUUGCUGUCUUUUUUUUUUUUUUUUUUUUAUAAAUUUUUUUGUGCUCGGUCUCCUUGAUCUCUCCUUUUUGUCUGCAUCAUCCUUUCACAUUAUUACCAGGAAAGACUUGCCUUGGAAGCCUACAGUGGCAAUCUCUUUACAUGAACUUCCACGUACCAUUCCCAGCUCCCUCUUUCUUCAUUAGGAAAACAAACCCUUAAUAGAAUUGGCACGCCAUCUUCUGUAGCUUUAAAAAAAAAAAGCAAUUUAUAUAUUUUUUUCUUCUGUUGAGAGCUGAAAAGUUAAAAUCCAUUGUGCAGUGAUUUACCUAGUUCUAGAGUCUUUUUUUUUUUCAAUCCUUUCUAGCCCCUAGAGAAGGCACUCUGUUUUCCCCAUGUGAUUAUAUGGACAGUUAGGAAGUACCAGCUUGUUCCUGUUUCUUCUUGUAAUAAAGCAUAAUGUUGGAGUCAAUAGGCUAGGACAGGGUUAUUGUAGACUCUUGGUUUGGGUGGGUACAGGUGGGUGUUUUGACACAACAUCACUGACUUUAGGGGGUUUGUUGAUUUGAUGCAUUGUAAUGUUUUACAGACAUCCACAAAGUUUGAGAUGACAUUUUUAAAUAAAACAAAACAAAAAAAAAGAAACCCAUUCCUCUCUUGUGAUUUUGAGCCCUGACACCUCCAUGGAGUAUUUAAAACAAAAAGCAGCGUUCCCUGUAGAAUCUUAAAUGGAAUCUACAUUCAACUUUUUUUUUUUUCCUCCCCUACUGGAAAGAACUGCUCAGUUUUAAAUGUUAAAGUGUGCAAGUUGCUUUGUUACAAUAAAACUAAAUGUGUACACAUA